CUUUGUUUGUUUUCUACCUUUUGUCUUUGUCUUUGUCUUUGUCUUUGUAGUUUCCAAAGCUUUUCUUGUGCUAGGAAUCAUCUUCUUUUGUAGUUUCCAAAGCUUCAUUUUUUCUUGCCUACUACAAAACCAAGGUGCCCUAAUAGAUAUUUGCAAGAAGAUAGCAAGGUUUCAUGGCUGUUGUUCAAGAGGGAAAUGAGGUGAUGAAUAAGAGCCAGAAAUGGCAUGGAGCAGUAGGAGGCAUUGUUGAUGCACCAAUAGAAAAAGUUUGGGACAUGGUUUCUCGAAGCAGCAGACUGCACGAAUGGAUGCCGAUGGUGGAGAAGUGCAGCCAUCUGGCCGGGGAGGAAGGCGUUGCAGGCCACAUCCGGUUAGUCUCGGGUUUCAUGUUCCCACAGAGAGACGAGGACAGGUCGUGGAUCAAGGAAAGGCUCGUUUCCAUGGACUCCUCGUCCCACAGUUACACGUAUCGUUUGGAGUCAAGCAAUGUAGGCCUUGAUGGAUCUUCAAACUCACUCAAGCUCGUGGACUAUGGCGAUGGCUCGACUCUCGUUGACUGGAGAUUCGAGAUCAGUCCAGUCGAAGGCGCCUCCGAGGAGCAGAUAAUGGACUACUUGGGAUAUCUGUACAAGUCUUGUAUCAAUAGAAUUGAAGGUGCUAUUGAGGUCUCAUCUAGAAACUCUGUCACAUUCUUGAACCAAUAAUUUGCUUCUCAACUUUUGGAAAAUGCCAUUUUUGAGGCAAUCACUUUUGCUGUGUAAUUAGUGAUAGUGAUCUCAUUUAGUUGUGGAAGGAGCUGUUGCUUAUGUAUAACUUCAUCUAGUGAUGCAUUAACUUAUUUUAAACAUGUGAUGAUAUCACAUUAGUGAAUGUUUUAAAGGAAAACUAUUUCUCAA